GCCACGGGACUUCCAACAUGGCGGACGGAGAGGAUCUGUUCGACAGCAUCCUGCUGGCGGAUGAAAAGUACCGGGGAGAGGGCUACCGGGAGGGCUUCCAGAGGGGCACGCGGCGCGGCCUGCAGGGCGGGAGGAGGCACGGAGCGUCCCACGGAGCGCGCCUUUCCUCCGAGGUGUCCUUCUACCAUGGCUUUGCCACCACCUGGAAGUGUCUCCUGGACCACAGCACAGACGUGAAGUCCAGGAAGCGGCUGAAGGCUCUGGAGUCUCUGCUGGGACUGAUCCGGGACUCUCCGCUGGACAACCCGCAGUCCGUCACCCUGCAGAGCAACACUGACAAGCUCCGGGCCAAGUUCAGACAGGUGUGCUCCAUGCUGAGCGUCCCUGCUGACUUCAGGGACAUCCACACGGCGGCGGGGACAUCGUUUUGAACACCGGCGAGGAAGAGGAGACGAUUGAAAGACAGCAGGGAGGUGGGGCUUAAUCCCAGUCUGCGCUCAGCACGGCGUGUGUGGGUUUGGUCAUGUGACCAGUCGGAGUGAGUUUCUCCACCGUGAUGAGGAGGCCUGGCGGCUUGCGAUAUGAUGGACAUUCUAAUGACUGCAUUCAAUAAAGUGGCUUG